AGCGCCGCCGAGCCGGGGCCGGGCACCUCGGCCGCUCGGGCCGCGGCGGCGGGGACCAUGCCGAGGAAAGUCUCCUGAGCCCGGCAACUUCGGCCCCUCCCCGCCCCCACCCGGGCUGCCCUCGGCGCGGCCCUGCCCAUGUGCAGCCGGCCGGCCGGGCUCUCCUCCUCGCAGGCGGAUGGGUGACCUUUUCCUGGCACGGGCAGGCUGUGCGAGGCGGCGGAGCAGGCGAUGAAGAAGAAGCAGCAGCAGCAGCAUCCCGGCGGCGGCGGCGCGGAUCCCUGGCCCCAUGGGGCCCCUCUGGGGGGCGCCCCGCCCGGCCUGGGCAGCUGGAAGCGCUGGGUCUCCCUGCUGCCUUUCCUGCGCUUCUCCCUCCGGGACUACGGUUUCUGCAUGGCCACCCUGCUGGUCUUCUGCCUGGGCUCCCUCUUCUAUCAGCUCGGCGGGGGACCCCCGCGCUUCCUGCUCGACCUGCGGCAGUAUUUGGGAAAUUCCACUUAUUUGGACGACCAUGGACCACCUCCUAGUAAGGUGCUCCCUUUCCCAAGCCAGGUGGUGUACAACAGGGUGGGCAAGUGCGGGAGUCGGACCGUGGUCUUGCUUCUGAGAAUCUUGUCGGAGAAGCACGGAUUCAAUUUGGUCACGUCAGACAUUCACAACAAAACCAGGCUCACUAAAAAUGAACAAAUGGAACUGAUUAAAAAUAUAAGUACUGCCGAACAGCCCUAUUUAUUCACUCGACACGUUCACUUCCUCAACUUCUCAAGGUUCGGAGGAGACCAGCCCGUCUACAUCAACAUCAUUAGAGACCCCGUCAACCGGUUCUUAUCUAACUACUUUUUCCGUCGAUUUGGAGACUGGCGAGGGGAACAGAACCACAUGAUCCGCACCCCCAGCAUGAGGCAGGAGGAGCGCUACCUGGAUAUCAAUGAGUGUAUUCUUGAAAACUAUCCCGAGUGUUCCAACCCCAGGUUAUUUUACAUCAUUCCGUAUUUUUGCGGACAGCAUCCCAGAUGCAGGGAGCCUGGCGAGUGGGCCCUUGAAAGAGCAAAACUGAACGUGAACGAAAACUUCCUGCUCGUGGGGAUUCUGGAAGAGUUGGAAGAUGUGCUGCUUUUACUGGAAAGGUUUUUACCUCAUUACUUCAAGGGCGUGCUCAGUAUCUACAAAGACCCAGAGCAUAGGAAGCUUGGGAACAUGACUGUGACCGUGAAGAAGACUGUCCCCUCUCCUGAGGCCGUGCAGAUUCUCUACCAGCGGAUGAGAUACGAGUACGAGUUCUACCACUACGUCAAGGAGCAGUUCCACCUGCUGAAGCGCAAGUUCGGACUCAAGUCUCGUGCCAGCCACCCCCCGCUGAGACCCCAGUUCUUUAUUCCAUCGCCACUGGAAACCGAGGAGCCGAUCGACGAUGAGGAACAGGACGACGAGAAGUGGCUUGAAGAUAUUUAUAAGAGGUGAUGCCGGCACUGUGUUGCCUCCAGUGGCUUAAUCUCCCUUUUCCAGAAAGGUUUUGUUUGGGGAAGAAAAAUCCUUCAAGGGACUAAAUUAAUGCUCGGCUGCAUUAAGAAGAACAAAACAUUCCCACAUGUUGGGGUCAUUGGGAGAUGCCCGGUUUUGCGGGUUUUAUUUGUUUAAUUUUAUUCUGUGUCUUUCUGGCUUCUUGGUCCUUCCCAGGUACACUAGAUGGCUGCCUCACAAGGCAUCACGUCAUCAAAUCACUUUUCUUCCCCUAGCAUCAUGAGAGGAGGAGAAAUAGAGCCUAGAGCCCAGUAACUAAUCAUUGGUAAAAAGACUUGUAAAAAAUAUUACCUCGGUGGUAAGAAACACCCAUGCUUGUAUUUUUCAGUAGAAACCCCAAACCACUUCAGAGACCAGAGAAUCUAUUCUAGAAGGAUCUAAGAGGAGAAGGCAAGGCAGACAAGGACAUCGAAAUGGAGAAUGUCCCUGGAGAAGUGGAUUCUGCCCAUGGGGACAGAGGUCUGCCUCUGGUUCCUCUCAGGGGACACUUUCACCAAGAGCAGGGCACUUACCGUCUCAUAGAGCAAGGCGGCUUGUCACACCCCAAGCCCUGAGUACCUCUCAAGGUCAAAGUGCAAGGCAAGCUCCCUUGAGACCAUUCUGACAGAUUUCAAAAUAGCAGAACCGGGCAAAGAACUUGCUGGCUGUGUAAGGAGGCACAUAGGCAGGACAGACCAACUCUGGAGGUUGAGUGGCCUAGGAAAAUGGCAUGGCUGUGUCCUUUGCACCCAAGAGAAAACAUCUCUUACCAGCAUCGCUUUAACUGGAAACCUAGGAAGCAGUUUAGCCCUGACAUUUGACUCCUGUGGCAUAAGUUCUAGGCUUGACCAAGACCAUGCAUGAUCCAUCAGGCACACCUCUGGCCAGCUGGCUCCCAAAGUAGCUGGUAUCUUUUACCUUCUAGUCCCUUAAGAGGUACCCGUUUUUGGUAGAAAGGGAUACUGAGCUCUGUGCAGGCAGCAGUCAAAUGGCAGGGAAUCAGCUCCCUCCUGAGAACCCUGCUAGGGCAUCAGUAAGAGAAACAAGAGCUUCUGGGUAAGAAACUGUUUGGCCAUCUUUAUGAGUCGGUGUCUGCACCCCCACCCCCACCCUCUCCUGCAAUGAUCUGAGUAGAAGUUGGGCAGUUCCAUUGCUCCAAAAUAUCUCCUCCCCAUCCCACUCCCAUCACCUGCCACCUAUCCAUGAGGCUUUGCUUCAGCCCUUAGAAACCUCUUUCUUUGGCUUCUGGAAUGUUUUCAUCUAUGGCCAUGCCCCUGCCCCCCCAAUACCACAUACUCUUGGGUGGAUAAUGUAUAGCCAGCUGAGAGGCAGGGCUGCAGGUGGUGGUGACAGGCAGGAUACUUGGGACGAAUUUUGUCUCCUUCAUGUUUUUUCCCCUAGAGCCAACCCUUCAGGAGCCCUAGCCAGUGUGAGUUGGGAAUACUUAAUAGUAAAUAAGACGCUGACUUUACACAAGCUACACAUUUUCUACUUUUCAGAAACCAACAAGUCUCUCUAGAAUUUUUUCUUCGUUCCCUAAAAUUGGACGGUAGCCAAGAUAUAAAGCAAGUCAUUUGGAACCUGUCAAGUGUGCACUAAAGCUACUUUAUCAUGAGCUGUAUUGAGAAGGCUCCACCCCGCGGGAGGCCAGCGAAGGCUGGGACCACAAAGGCACAGAGUCCAGCAGUUGACCACUUGUGGGCCUCCUUUCUGCCUCAGAGAACUGGGGCCGGGAAGUGAUGAAGGGGAAUGUUCUUAGAAGAGGAAAUAUCCUUUGUCCUGUUGAGAGAGAGCAGGGCCCUACCGGUAGGCUUACUGUAAAAAUCCACCCGAGAGCAGCUAUCAUAUUCAGAAUAAGAGCACGAGCUGCUGCUUGGGACCUAUGGUGAGUCAUUUCUUUGAAAUCGCAUGGAAAGAAUGAUGGUUGAUCGACGCACUGUGCAAUCGCAGUGUCUGAAACUAAGGCUGGCUAAGUGUUCUCUGCUGUCGUCUGAACAUCAGGAUGAUCGGUCAUUGAAAGAGGCAUCCUCUUAGUGCAGGGUCACAGAAGCACUUCUCCUUGUGUGUUCAGAGGCAUUUCUUGUCAGCAGUGGUCGCUGUAACAUCACAUCGAGAGCUGCUGAUGGACCGCCUUACAGGACCUUCAUGUAAUUUUGUCCCAACCAACAGCCUCCAGGUCCUAAAAGUCAAGGCACUUCAUCAGUUUCUUUGGCACACGUGACAACAUGUCUUUGGCCCUGAGCCCAACACAGUUUGUACUUCAUGAAAUAUAUUGUACAUUUUACAUAGUUUAAUUUAAAAAAUACAUUUUAAGCUGGUUGAUCUUUGACUGCCUUAUUUAUUAUAACCUUUCAGCACAUUCCAAGGUUUUAGUUACUCAGGAAGGAGUUAAUUAAAAUGAUUUUAUUUUGGUCUGAUGGAUGUUUUUUAAAAGGAAAAUUAUUAUUAUGAACCUUCAGCCUACUUUCCCUGAGUGCCGUAAAAGUGCUUGUAAAUCAUUUUUUUUUAAGAGGAAAGAAAAAAAUGGUGUUUGACAUUGAUGGCAAUUCAAAAAUAUAUAUGGAACUGAAACAUUAGCUUAGCUAAAAUAAAAGCAAUCUGUGUUUGAGAUGAAGUGUUCCUUAACUUAUUCAUUACCCAUGUAAAUAAAUGAAUAUAAAUAAGUGGACAUUUUUUCCAUUCUGUCGAUAGCUGCAAAUAAAAGUGCCUGCAGUUCCUCACA